UGCGCGUUGCUGGGGCAACCCGGGACUCUACCACUCGCACCGCUGAGGAGGGGGGGAGGUUUGUGCGGCGGUGAUCAUUCUAACCGUCACCCCUCCCACAACUUUAAAAUCAUUAACGAUUUUAGCCAAACAGACGGCCGUUUAGUUUCGCAUUCUUUACACAUUGCUUUCACACACAUUGCUUACACGAGUUAAAUUAGUUUGCAUCCCGAACGGGGUGUUUGCGUGAUUUUUUUUCGUCCAAUCGACUUCCACCCCACCCCCCCCGUCGUCGUGAUGGAUUCGCCCACUCCGCGUGUCAAUGGCGGCGUCCCUUUAAAAGUCGCGCUAAAUAACGAGCGGGCGGGCGGCGUGGCGAUGUCUCUGCAGGCGUCUGCGAUGCGGCGGAGCGCCAAAGGCGACGCGGCUGCUCGUUUCACCACGUGCAGCAGGCUUCGCCGAGUGCAGCAAAUAUUGCAGGGAGACUCGGACUCUAAACCGGACGCUUUGCUGUGCAUAUUGGGCAUUGACAGCAGAUACAAUGAAGGUUGCACCGAACUGGCCAACUACCUCUUGUUUGGCUUCUACGCUCAAGACCACUCUGAGCUGGACCGGAAGAGCUUUCCAGAGGAAGUGCUGGACGAUGUGAUCAUCUUGGUGAAGCCAGAGAGUGUUCACCUCUACUGUAACCCCGUCAAUUACCCGCACCUCGUUCCGUACGUGGCUCGCUGGAGAAACCUGCAAAUCCACUGCAUGACUGCAAUGGAGUAUGAGGAUGAGGAGGCUGGCGAGGAAUUCAAGAUCACAAGCUUCGUGAACAUGGUGCAAGACUGCAAAACUGUGGGAGUCCCAUACAGUGCACAAGGCCACCCACAGAAAUUUGAUAUGUUCAUGAUGGAGAAAUGGCCGAUGAUUCAGGCUUUUGCUCUGGAAGGUCUCGGUGGAGGAGGCUUCUUCACAAUGAAACACGAGCUGGUCGAUUUGAGCGAAGAUUUGUGGGAGGUUUACAGCCGAUUGGACCCGGUCUCUCUCGAAUCGCUCAUCACCGAGGAACUCGUUCUGUUUGAGUGGCAGUGGAAAACGUUCUUUUCCAACUUUGACAUCGAGAGCCCAGCUUCCAUUCUCGACUUGUCCGAAGCCCAAGUCGGAGAGCCUUUCAGAAGUUACUUCAACCAUGGAAUGCUCUCGAGUCACAUACCCAGUAAAACCAGCAGCAGCAGGAGGCAGCCGCUGGUGCUCUUCGGGAGCCGGACGGGGCGGCAGGGCAUGGAGGAGGAGGACAACAACUUCAGCUUUCCGUCCGAGAGCCACCUGCUGCGCAACACGGGACCGGCGGCAUCGCACGCGCGUCACAUGAUCAUCCAGUGUUCAAACCCAAAAGGACCGCUAUCCUGCACCAGAACGUAUUUCUUCGGAAGUUCUCACACACCUUACAUGGAUAACAACAAUGAACAGCAGAUGGACCCAGUGCUCAGGGUGCUGUCUGGAGUGUACGCCUCUGGCGUGGAAGCGGUGUUGGCCGGCAUUGCGCACUACACUGAAACUGGAGACGUUUUCGCCACCAAGGCCACAGUUGAGCAGCUGUUCUUCUCAUGCCUCGACAAGUAUGACCUUUCGAAGUACAAAACCACAUUGAGAUCUGCAUUGUCAUUCAACAUUCAGCCAGUAAACCUCCAGGGGAGGGUAUUUUCUAUGGAUGAAGAUGCUUGUAGAUUUCACGUGAAAACUGCAAGCCUACUGGUGUAUGACAUCCCGGACCUGGAGGAGGGACGGCCCAGUAUCUUAGGCUCCGUGGCUUUCUCAGAGUCCUUCCUGGACUCGCGAGUGCCCGUGCAGGCUGCCGAUGGGAGUCUGUCUGUAGAUGGUAAAUGCGCGAUCCUCACUGCAAACAUCCCCCGCUAUACCUCCUGGCUCGUUGAAGAAGCUGGAGUAAUUCUGUCUGAAAAGGCACAAGAAAUUAUUAAAGGUGAUGGAUGCGGGCUGCUUGGGAAGCGGAUUGCUGGCCCGGAUCUGGCUUACAUCCAUUGCAGCAGCCCUUUCAGCAGCCCCGAGGAAGGCAAACUGACCCUGCUGUCCAGUGGCAUUCUGUUUGUGCACCGCAAAUAUGGCAGCGUGAUUCUUCCCAUGAGCCACAUGACGGCUAUCAAGUUCUACGAUGGAGAUUCCUGCAGUGUGGUGGCCAUGGUGGUGAUUGAGUACCAGAGGUCACUGCUGCCGUUUCUGCCCUUCCACCUGUCGUGCUCCACAUUCAGCUUGGCCUUUGGCCUUAUGCCCAAGUCAACAGCCUACAAGACAUUCUACAGAGAGGUGCUCUCAUCUUGGCGAAAUCAGGCAGAAGAGUUUGGUGUGGCGCUGAAAAUGAUGAGCCAGCAAGAAAUCUCAGAGUACGCCCAGCUGUAUACUGCCCUGGAGACAAAGCGUGCCUCCACGUGCGUGGACUCAGUGGGGACUGGUCGGCCAUCGAUAUACACGUCAUUGCCUCAUUUUGAAAAGUUUCUCAAGCACUUUGAAGUUAGCAGUGUGCUGAUGGACCCCAUCCUGUCCAGCCAUUUCAAAUUGCUGAUAAAUCCAUCGGAGAAUGAAAAUCAAGCCAACGAAGACCUCCGUGGGAAGAUGGUGAUCACAAUCAUCACGGGCCUGCCCGGCAGCCAUCGGGAGCGCCUCUGUGCUACUCUUGUCAACCUCAGCAAGGAGCAUGAUAGAUGGGCCGUGCUCCACAACGCUACGGAGAGCGGCGCGGAGCUGAACGCUGCGGCACUGCAGCGCUACUUGAGCGGAGUCCUCCAGUCGCACCUCUACCGCAGCCCCCGCCACGCGCUCAUCACCAGGAAAAAGCUGCGCAUCCUCAUGCUCACUCCCGGCUUUGCAGAUGUUGUGGAUGUGGUCCAGGCAAUUAGGACUCACCCAGAUCCCAGUGUCAAGUCGCACUUUGUAAUUGGAGCCAUAACAGCUUGCGUUAACCCCCUGGCUGCAUGCGUGGAGCACAGCCUCACCUUUCCAAAACUACUCGAGCAGUGCGCACAAGGCUGGGCCAGUAACGUGGUGCUGACGGGGCCCAACCACGAGAAGCAACACCCACGCGUCAAGCAGCUCAAGGAGCUGAUACGCCUCGUCAACCCCAGCGCCGCACUCAUCCAGGCAGAGAACGGCAAUGUCAGCAGGAACGAGGACAUUGAGAUGAUUUUGUCUGAGAACAGCUUCAAUGAUGCGGCCAUGGUUCGUGCUCGUCACUUGCUCACUCCGGGCUGGGCAAGUGGCAUGUUUAGCUCGGGUGCGGCGUGCCCUGCCAUGCAGCAGAUCUCUGUUCGCUUCAACCGUCCCCUGGAGAAACCACUGUUCAUCGGUCAAUGCAAAGCCCUGAAAGGCAUGCUGUCUUCAAGUCCUUUUUGUGGGAACAUCUACAGCAUACAAGGCCGGCUGAAGUUUUCAGACUCUCCCAAGAUGGUGGAGGUGAGCCACAUCACCCUGGCCAACAAUUCGCUGACGCUGACGGCGACGCAGGAAGGCCCCGUCCCACGGCCCCCACCCACCCCGAGGGGCAGCGGUGGCCUCGUGGGCGGCGACGGGCAGUCUGCCGAUGGCACAGCAAUGCACCCGGAAGGACGGUACCACCUGGUGUUCACGGGCUGCGGAUUGAGAGAGGAAUACCUGAAGGACUGGCUCCGGCGCUCGGCCAAGCAGAUAACAAAAACCAAAAUUCUAAAGACAAAAGAAUCGCUGACCCAGAAGGAGAUGAUGAGCAUUCACGCCACAAGACACCUGGAGCCCUUGCCGCCAGGCUACUUUUACAAUGGAAUGCAAUUCAUUAACUUCUUUGGAGAGAAAAGCAAUCAACACCCUUUGAUGGAAACUUUCAUAGACGAGCACCUGGAGAGGCUGAAUGCGGAAAUAAACAAGUACAAUGCGCAGCUGCAGAGAGUCACUCACCAUGAUCUCUUCGAAGCGUGAAGGGAUUCCACUUCCGUGCGAGCGCUCGCGCACAGACAACGAGGAUCCUGUCCGAGGAUAUUGCGGCGUCUUGAUUGUUCACACCUUGUUCGAUUUGACACGGAAUCUCUUUUGUUCAAUGUUAUUCCAGAUAAGGUCAUUCUUAAUGGACAACUUUCAAUCUUUUACAUUGUAACUCGGCAAUAAUCGCUAUUUUCAGUAAGUGAUGCUUUGCCCUUGGAUUUUUUUGCUGCCAAAUGCAAAUUUGUUAUAAAGUACACCGCACAUCCUUGCUACAAACGUAAAAUUUCCCAAAAUCGGGAGGUUUUUGGGAACCAUUUUGUUUUCAACAGAAAAAAAAAUCCAGCACUGUAAACAGUGUGUGCAGUGAUUUGCACAGAUGUAUUGUUCAUUCUUACUGAGAUGGGAUUUUUAUUUUCAUUUUAUCUUUUCCUUUCACAAAAGCACUCACCCCAUUGGGAAAAUGUUGCAGUUUCAUAUGCACAUUAACGUAAUUACUGUGGUUACGGCCAUCAUUUGUCUCCCCCUAUAAAAUUAUCACAUGUACACGUUGAUUGUGUUAUGCCUUCAAAAGUACAUUCGUUGACGUUAACCAAUCGCAACGCGAGCAUAUUUGGGUGUUUGUGCCAUUCUUAUGGCGCGAGGCUAUAAUUACGAAGGCUAUCCUCUGAACUGACGAUUAUAGUCUGCGUUUAGUUUUACAGGAGGAGGCAACGUUGCUCAGUAGCUUCACCCUCAGGUUGUUUGCAAAUAAUUAUCAAUUUGGCAAAAUGUGUACGCUGACGCCACCAAACUCGACUUGACUUUUUUUUAAUAACAACUGCGGCAACUUUCAAGCCCAUUGAGAAGCGGACGCCGCAUAUAUAUAUUUUAUUAAUACAGCAUCAGUAUUAACCAGGGCAGCCGCUGCGCUUCGAACCGCCAACCUUUGCUACAAGUUUGCAAACUGCUCGGCUAUGUCACCGCCUCCACAUACACACACACACACACGUGUGUACGUGAAAUUGAAGAGUAAGCCGGCAUUGCUAGUUGCCCGUGAGUUAAAUGUUGAGUUCAAACUGCACCGAGGUGAACCCAGCUGCAUUAUUUCAAAAGUAAAAUCCACUUGAGUUUUGUCAUAAUACAUGGGUUAAUUGUACUUUAGCUACUUUGCAUGCAGGUUAAGCAAACAACGGCACAAUGGGCCAUGAAUCUAUUAAACUAAACGUUUUAUUUUGCCAGACAAAGGCCCACUGAGCUAUACAGCUCUUUUUCAGAAGCGACCUGGCCGCAAAUUACACCUCAACGAAGUGGCUUAUCGUGUGGAAUUUUAUAGUAGUAAAAUAUACUCUAAACGCAUGUUCCUAAAUGUGGAGGGGAAAACCGGAGGACCCGGAGAAAAAUCCACGCGACCACAAGGAGAAUAUGCAAACUCCAAAUAUACAGACGUCAGGGUCGGGCUCAAACCCACGACCUGCAUAUCAGGCGAGGGAGUUAACAUCUCGCCACUUUAGCUACUUUGCAUACAGGUUAUCACAAUGGGCUAUCAAUAUAUACGAUUCCCAUAUUUUAACAAAUGUAGACGUCAUCAUAAGCUCAUAUAGAAAUAUAAAUUUAUAUUUACGCAAGUAAGCCUGCCGUGAGGCAGUAAACUAAAGAGCACACUUGUGGAAUAUUACACGUGUAAAUAGUUAUACAGCAUUAUAAAUUAUACCGAGAGCAAAUUUAUUAUUAGCACACCAGCAAUGCAUGCCAGAUAGCAAUGUGGAACUCGGUACAGUCGUACUAGGUACUCUACAUUGAAUUCAAAUGUUUAGACGAUCUAUCUAGAACGGCGUUUAAUCGGAUUUAAAUUUACAAAGACCCAUUUCUGUAACAUACAAUAGAACUGCGUUUUAGGAGGCUGCCGUUUCAUUUUACAACGCCGUUUGGAAGGUAGAACGUUCAUUCGUUGGCCUGACGUUUGUUGGAGGUGCAAACUCCACGCGGUGUUCACCGAUUCCCUCCUUCAAACCACUGUCAGUGUGCUUGGAAGCCUUUCUCGCACUUCUGAAAAUGCUGCGGUGGGGGGGGGGAGGGCAUUGCUACCGUGUCGCAAACUUUCCCAUAUCCUGAGUGAAAUGCGUGCACGUUUUGCUUUCUCUAGUGUCGCAGCAGUAGACAGCUGUGAAGCAGUGUGGGGUUCCCUUGAGGUUCCCCAGGUGAGUUCUAAGGUAGCACGUGACGCCGAAUCCUAGCCACGGCAUAUGGUGCGUACGCUUACACUAAUAGGCACAUGCUCUUAGAUCAAUAUGUGGGUAUUUAGUUGUGUGGCUGUAAUUGCUAAGUUUCCAAGGCCAAUAAUUUUCUGUAUUGAUAUAGGCAAAACUGAUUUUGUCGGUGGAAAAAAAAAUGUAUUUUAAUAAGUUAUCUCGAAAUGGUGUUUAAUGAUGCAGGCGAUAUUCAAAAAUGAUAGGCUUGGUCCUGUUAAAUACUGGACCCUGCAGAGGGACAUGUGGCAUUUGUGUCUAUCCUAUCAUAGCCCCACACCCAGCCUCGUGUUGAGAAUAAAUGGUGCUGCUGCUGCUGCACUCAACUAGAUGAGCGUAUUUAACCUACUACUGAAUAAUAUUAUGCAGAUUUUCCUUUUAAAGUGCUAUUACUGAACAGGCAGGUACGCACACAAAGCAAUUCUGCGAUGUGAAUGGCGGUUAAGUAAAUAAAAAUACGAGCGCAAUUUCGCCUUACGACGACCGCGACGGCUACUGUGGUGACUUUCGAUGUACCUGAAUGGUGAAAUGGACGACGCGUUAAGUGUCCGUAAGAAGAACAGCCAUAAUUUACACUGCAAGUGCCAUCGCAACGGAUGGGCCAAAAAAAAUGCUCGUGGUAUAAUUUUUCGUUCGCAAACGCAGCGCUAAAAAAGAAUGGAAAGUUUUGGAAAAUCGGCGACAAGAAUCUAUCCCAUUGCUGCACAGAUGCUCAAUUUGUGAUGCUCACGUUAUUCUGCAGUCAGAUGCCGACUGGCUGCUGUUAAAAUGGAAGGAUAUGCAUAACAUCAGUCGUAAAUACACUAUAAAUAAAGACUGUGAACAUUUAAAAGGGCAGCUUUUACUGAUCGAGUCAAAAUAUGAAGCGCAUGCGUGGACUUUAGCAAUAACCUUGCGUCCAGGUCAGAUACAACCUUCAUUAUAUGUGUGUUUGAAAGGAACUAGACAGCAGACGAUUGAUCAAUGUAACCAUCAGACUGUUUAUAUACACGCGCUAGGCUGGGAACAAGUACAUACCUGGGAGGCUGGCGGCUAUGGAAUGUGAAUGCAAGAGGCCCAUUUAAGUGAUAUAUUGAAUGGCAAAGUGGGGCGUUCAUAUAGGUAGGAUACUCGGAUAUAGAGACCCUACGAAAUUAUUUAAAUGUUUUGUAAAACGGAAAAUCAUUGGCCGUAUUAAAGUACAUUCUCCUUUGAACGAUGUGCCAAAGUAUCUUCUUUACGCAGCGUAUCUGUUAUAAACUGACUGCAAAAAAAUUGUAUAACACUGGUCACUAAAAUGUGAAUUAAAAAAAGUCAACUGCGUACGAGUUUAAUACAUUUGGCGUUGUGCCGCGCAGUUAAGUACAUUGUACGGAUCAUCUCUGAUGAACGAAAACGGUACCAAAAAUGAUGUAAGCCUUAUGAAUCCAGUACUGCAUGCAUACAGCAGCUUACAUUUAAGCCAUGGACAGGAAGCGAUGGUUAUAUAAGCAGUGGUGUUGCCUUAUGAAGAAUGGUCAAAACUACUAUUUCUGCGAAAGUGCAUUUUUGGCCUCUGGCUCAUAUCUCAUUUGCGGGAUUUAUGAAUGUCUUCAAAAUUAGUCUAAACAAUUGCCUAUGAUCUUCGUUUAACGCACUGCAUAUUUCUGUAAACGUUAUCGUUAAAUACGAAGUCCUUAAUUUUAUUGGAAGUUAUCUACGCAUAACUUAUUUAUGGUCAUCCAUAGAUUUUAGUAGGUUUAUAAUUCCACAAGCAUGGCACGUGAAGAUGUCCAUAUUUUAAUCCUCAGACCAUGACCCAACUCCAUGUCCAUGUCGGUGAUGGAAAUGCUCGACAAAAUAUUUUAAGAGCACCUGAAUUUUUUAUUAGCAAUACUUCUAAACGGAGCGGCAAAUUGUCCAUUUCAAACAUGCCUUAGAAUUGUUUAAUAAUUUCUAGAAGCUAUUGGAAUAAUAUGGAUGGGAUGUAAAAUAAGCUGAGAUUAAGACUGUCACCCGAUUGUAGCCACAUCAUUGAUUGGGCCAGUUUUUUUUAUUGCUAAACAUAGGGAUGGUUAGUUGAGGUUUUGUAGAUAUACUUGCAAAAUACUAAUUAUGCAAUUAUUGAAAUUUAACAUUGCCCAACUUUAAUUCGUUUAAGUUUUAAAUAACAUUCUCAAAAUACUGUACCUUUAUAUCCCUCGAGCGAUGACUUAUUAGUGAACUUUGUUCCCUUGCCAGUAGUGAUGGAAAACGUGCAGUCUUUUAUUGAGAGAUAACCUUUGUUCCUGAACCUGAUCUUGUAGCUCUGCAAUGCUCCCCGCUUCCAUCGGCACAACGAACCUCGGGUAGAGGGGGGCCAUCUCCUAACACUUGAAACGGUGUGUACCGUACGUUCCAGAGAAGAGUGUACAAAAAAAACACUCAUUUGAUGUUGCCGUCACGACUUUUCGACAGUGGCCGGCAUCGAUUGCGUCGGGCAUCGGUUCUUCCCUCGCCACGAGAUCACUCGAUGACAUGGCUGGCUCGACACGAAGCAAUGCUGUGAAUUCAUCUUUGUGUUUUGUGUCGGGACAAGGAUGGGGUUCUCUUGAGACCCGGUUGCAACAGUCAUGACGUUUGCUUUUAGCCAGUUCUAAUUGCACGCAUGCUGUGUGGCAGCGAAGGUUUUCGAAGACUGAAAACGAUUGCUAUAUUUUUUUGUUUGCACUGGAGAAAAAACAAAUAACAUUGCAACCUCAUGUAAUGGGCUCUUCCAUUUAUUUUUGGUACCUGAAUAUAUUUUACACACUUUUGUAAAAAAAAAAUCUCAAGUAUUGAAUACCUAUUAUUUCAAGAAACAGAUACGCACAUUUUGGUAAAGAAUUGUAAACGUUUAGAGCAAAACUAUAAAUGUGACAAAUACAAACGAUAUAAAGCGGCUACUAUGGCUUAAA